GUAGGGCGAGCUGUGACAGCUCCCGGGCGAGGAGCGUGUGAGUGGCUACUCUUGUUGAGCGAAGCGAAUGUGACGGAGCACCCAGUACACUGAGCGCCGCUCUCUAAAAGAUUCUGGUGCCGCCAAGUGCCUUCCAGUUCACAAAGUACAGCUGUGAAGAUAUUUGGACGUAAUGUGGCUACUGUGCCUUUUCUUACUCUCGGUACUUUCCAGUGUCACCAGUGGUGCAGUGUCCUGUUACAGUGACAAUGGAGAGCCGGUUGACUGGUUUUUUUUAUAUAAGCUUCCCAACUCAGGGAAGGAGUUCCCCUCAGAAGGCCUACGCUACAUGUAUCUGGAUUCCACAAACCGUUCCUGGAGUGCAGGAAUGAAACUCAUAAAUGAGAGCGGUGGGGCAGUGCAGAAGACUCUGGAGCAGCUGUACAAACUUGGGAAGUCUGGUGAUGUGGCAUAUGUUCUAUACAAUGACCAGAGUCCAAAAAGUAUAGUGAACAAAGCAGUUGGAAAUGAAUAUGGACACACAAAGGGUGUUGUACUACUGGACCGAUCUCAGGGAUUUUGGCUUGUCCAUAGCACUCCUCAUUUUCCCCCAGUGAUUUCAGAAGGCUACUCCUAUCCACACAGUGGGAUUCACAAUGGUCAGAGUUUCCUUUGUGUCACCUAUCCUUACAAAGAGUUUGAUUCCAUAGGUGAGCAGCUGAUCUUGAAUCACCCUGAAUGUUAUGAAUCUUCCGUCCCAGAAACCUUUGAAACUGACCUCCCAACCCUCUUCAAAUUAGUUUCUGGAGGUACUAUUGAUACCCCACCAUGGAACCGACAGACUGAUCUGACUUCUCUUGGUGGAACUACUUUUAGCAGCUUUGCCAAAGGUGGUCAGUUUGAAGAUGACCUCUAUGCAGCAUGGGUUGCCCCAACUCUUGGCUCGAACCUGCUUGUUCAGUUUUGGCCUAAUUCUGUUGGAGUGUUGCCUUCUAAUUGUUCCCUGCCACAGCACGUAAACAAUAUUAAAGAAAUCAGUUUUGAAAGUCAUCAUGGGAAUGCACAGGCUACGAGCCAUUCUGGGUUUAGUACUCAUGUGGAUCAUUCCAAGUGGUGUGUGAGUGACCAGGGUGCCUACACAUGGAUUUGUGUCGGUGAUAUCAAUCGAAACCGUGGGGAAGAGCACAGGGGAGGUGGGACAGUCUGCUUGAAUGACCAGGAAGUAUGGAAGUCAUAUAGACAGUUAGUAGUCAAAUAUGAGGACUGUGCAGAUGGCUGUAAAUUAUAAGGGAAACUGGCUUAUCGAAAUGGAAAUAAUCCAAAGUGAUGAUCAAGUAUGUGAGACAAGGGGAAACGUAAGUAUGAAUACAAACACUUUCAAGGCAAAGUGGGUUAGGUACAAGGAGACAUUAAAGAAGAAUUUUCAACUUAGUUUUUAAAUGAUGAGGUGCUAGUCUGUUGAACAUUAACUACAGUACAACCUUUUAAGUUUGCGUUGUUUGUAAAAUAUAGCUAGGGCUUUAUCCUCACUGCUCUGACUGUGUGUAUUGAGAAGCAAUAUUUUCAGAAAAGCAAGGACUUUUGAAAACUUUUUUUCUCCUUCACCGGACUUUCUCUGAUGUGUACAUUCAUAAGACUCUUUAAAUGCACUUUAUAAAUGGUAGAAAUAUUGUCAUUGUAGUGUGUGUUAAGUGAGUUGUUUUUUUCUCUCAUGGGGGAAUAGAGGCUGUUUUUCAGGUGUUGCAAUUUUAUUUUUUUCAGGUAAGAUUGUCAAAAAUUGAAUAAAAAUUGAUUUACACCGAAGUUUACUUCAUUUCAAACAGUAACUGUUGCCCUUGUAAAUUACUUUAAGCAAAUUCUAAGGAACAAUUGUUUAGCUUUGUUUUCCAAACUUGAUGUCAGCCUCCUCAUAAAGUAAAACAAGAAGGUAGCAGGUAAUUGUAGCUAAUUGGAGAGUUAAGCACCUCUGCAGCCUGAAAAAAAAGAAACUAGAGAAUAAAGAAGUCAAGUCCUUCCAUUAGCCAGUUCAGUUGUGCGGGCCGGAGACCAUCACAGCAGCACUGAGUUCAAAGUAGGAACUAAAACUGGAAGGGGUGCUAAACCAUUGCAAUUUUGUAAAAACAGUUAAACCAAAAAUGUGUAUCAUAUCUUUGAAUGAAGUUGAUCAGAGUUAAAAAAAAAAAAAACAUUGAGCCUAGUCAUUCAGGUGGAAAUCAAAUGUUCUCCCCAUGCCUGGUUAGUAACAGGCAAGCAGUGCUUCUACAUAUGUCCUGUAGCCUUUUUCAGUAAAUAGUUGGUAAAACACUACUUGCUAAAAGCAUGAUGUCAUGGCACAAACACAAACUACAGUACAUCCAUACAUUUUAUGAACCCAAAUUUUUCCACAGCAGAAUCAGAGGGGAGAGUGGGGCAAAUUCUGGUAGCACAGGACAUAAGGUAGUAACAAAACCAGAAGAAGGCAUCCCUCAACUGUCAGAAUAACUCGCUCUCAAUGGGCCAAUUCAGUGUCACACAAUAUGCUUUUCUCUGGAAUGAGGGAGAAAACCAGCCACAUUUUCAUAUAUUAAUACUUUGAAAAUUUUGCCACAUUUAUGAGUUAUUAGAUAUUUGGUUUGGUUUUAAGGUAUGUUUUGUGUUCAGUUUUAUUCUUUUUUUUAAUAUAUGAAACUCUUUGUACACUUAAUUAAAUUUGAUAACAAACAUUCUUGUUAACAUUAAAAAUCUUUGGGGACAGUGACAAACUGAA